AUGACGUAUACAUCCAUCGAACAAAACGAGUCACUGAGGGCAUGUAGUGUGGAGGCAACCACUCAAGUUGAAGACCUUAAUGCACGUAUCAUGGAGAACCACUCUAGCCAACAGCACAAGCACUACUUUGAAUAUGCAGAAACCGCUGUUAAAGGCCUGUUCAGUAAAAAAACCGUGAACACACAGCUUUAUGGGAUUCAUAACGGCUGGGCACGCGAUAUAGCUAUAACAUUCCACAGCUAUAAUGAAAUGGAAAACACAUUGAGAGCUGCAUGCUCUCUCUGUGUACAGUUUCAGAAUGGCCAUGUCUCCGCCAAAUUCUUGGGCAAGAAAUUCAAUUUUGAGUUUGUGUACCGUGACCCUUGGCAAGUUUACCAAAAUUGGAUCACAGACAGAACACUAGCACCCUUUAUAAUGCCUUACCCUACUCGCAAGUAUUUCUGUUCUCAAAAUGGCCGAAUAGUAAUCAAGAUACCAAAUGCCUCUGGCAACGGUGGUGGGGUUCUUAUUGGUUACAUGGCGGUGCCUGCAGAUCCUGGUGAUCCUUCUGAUCGCAAUGCAUUUGAGACAGUUCAGUGGGCAUGCUUCAAAAGAGAGGUUUAUCAUAAAGUUUUUAGGGUGAUAUUCAAAAGUUUACAAGAACGAGCAUCACAUGGUGAAGCUAUGGAGUGCGGAGACGAAGUUAAAAGAAUAACAUAUCCAGGAAUUCCUAUCAAGGCCCUUGAUGGCGGAGAAAUUUGUGCAACCACAGCUACAAGAGCAGCACUUGCAAACUACCCCUGCCCAAAGCUUGGUCAACAGCAACAAUGCAGCAAGUAUUUACAAAUAGUGCCCAAGCACACAAUAGAAGCAAGGCGGAGCAUAUCUUACAAGACUAUGGGCUUUAUGCGACAGAGCCUCAAGCACUUCUCAAAUGUGACAACGGUUGAUUAUGCAGACGGACAAGUCUUUUUAGAUAUACUGAAGUAUAUAUUGACUAGGAAACCAAAAACGCAUGAUGUCAACCAUGUUAUUGAAGAGAUCCGUCAGAAAGGUGCAACCAACAAUUACGAGACUUGGGUUGGCAAGGGGUUCCACCAAGAAGUUCAUGAAGCAUAUCAGCAGACUAACUGUAAAAAUGCCGACCCACAGAUGGCCCAAAUUGAUGAAAACCAGGAAGCUGUGUCUUAUAUCCAAAUGAUGGUUGACAAUGCUGAUAGUAUGCAACAUAAGUGUGAACAAGAAUCAGAAGCAGGUUCAGACUUGGACCUACAAGACUGA